AUGAUUCCAGUCUAUCCGGUUGCGCAGCCACUGGUCGAAGUUCAUUGUUCAUCACACAGAACCGUUCUGACUUGGGAUGGACUCUGGACUGCAUCAACCGCAUCUUCCAACCCGAGAGAUGCUGGGUUCCUAAAUUCGAAAACUCGUGUGUCCAACAACCUCUCCAAGUGGACCGACAGUGGUUACAAUAGCUUUGGUACUCCUGGACAGUGCCAGACGAAGCAACGAUCCAACUCCAGCUCGGGACGCCCCGAUUUCUCCAUCGAAAGCCUUUUGGCAGAUGACUGUCCCGUGGAGAACGAGCGACUGUAUACAAAACCUCUGUUCCAACUGCAGAACAUCGUUGGCGUGCAAUCGCCCUUCACCACCCAAACACAAGAUAUCCCGAUAGAUUUGUCGAUGCAAACAAGUGGCUUGUGGCACCGAGUGAAACGGUCUGAGGACAAAUGCGGGAUUCCCAACUUUUCGUGCCGAUACUGUGGAAAACCGUACAACUCUCGAUCGUCCAGCAGGUCUGUUAAUCUGUUGUGUGUGUUUGAGCGGAAACAGUGUAUACCUUCAGCCAUCUUAUCUCAACUAGAUCCAUCCUUAAAGUCAAAACCAGGUGUAUAG